AUGCAUUAUCAUUACAAUGAAGCCUUUGGGGAUCCAGACUACCAUUUCUCAGAGACAUUGGAAAUUGAUACAAGGGGGAGUUCUCAAAGGAACCCAUUCUCUAACCAAACCCCUUAUGAUCCUUCACCUCGUGGUUCCUAUGGAGAACACAGGGGAAGAGAGCAGAACUACCCUCAGUCCAUACCACUGGGCAACAUGAGACCUGUCUCAGAAUACCAGGAGGAUUUACCAAGCAGGAGACCAUAUGGAAAUUUCACAGACAAUCUUUCCUUUGAGCCUGAGCCAGGACUGCCAUACACCCCACCUUCUGCCUUCCAUCUGCGGGAUUAUCCCUCUACCCGCAGAAUUUCCAAUGGAUCAGAAGAGGAAGAUUUAGUUGGAAGUCUUGCAGAUAUGCCCACCAGUGAAAGGAUUAAAGCAAUCCAGAAGAUGCCAAAGACCAUGAAAAAGAAGAGAGAGAUCAGAAAUAAAGUUUUAAAAGAACUAACAAAAAAGUCAGGACACCGCAGUGCUCAGCCCUCCUGCUGUACACAGUGUCUGCAGGGAGCAGCAGUGUCAUUUCGGCGAUUUGGAAACACCAUUUCAGAAUAUUUUCACCUACUGCAGAUAAGGCACAGGACACUGAAGAUCAUUGGUGCUGAGUUUGGAACAAGUGUUCUUUCUUAUUUUGUUUUCUUGAAGUGGCUGCUAAAUUUUAACAUCUUCUCAUUCCUCAUCAACUUCAGUUUCAUCACAAUCCCUCAGUUCAUUGCAGCAGAACCUAAUAACCUUUCAUUCACGGGUCUGGAGCUGUUCACUGGAGCUGGUUAUUUUCAAAAAACAGUACUCUACUAUGGCUUUUACACCAAUGCUACAAUCAGUAAAAUAAAGAAUGGUCCAUCUUACAACAUGCAGCUGGCUUAUAUUUUCACUGUUGGAAUAUAUUUUGUCAUCUGUUUCCUUAUCUUAUUGUUCAGUAUGGCCAAAUCCUUCUGCAGGAACUUCAUUAACCCUCAGACAUACUCUGGAAAUGCCAGCAAACUGCUCUGCACUUGGGACUUCAAUAUAACUAAUGAAAAAGCUGUGAAGCUGAAACAAAAGAAUCUCAGCACACAAAUAAAGGAAGGCCUCACUGAAGUAAACAGAGAAGUUGUAGAUUUUUCUUGGACAGAGAGACUUGUUCGUAUUGGUGUUCAUGUUCUUUCUUGGGUUGCUUCGCUGGGAGCAGCACUGGCUGCUUGUACUGGUGUUUACUUCCUCUCCAUUAAUAACCUUAAGCUGUUUGUGAAAGGGCAUAAAAAUGACCUGGAGAGCCAAGCUGCCAUGUUAGUGCUGCCUGUGGUUGCAUCUCUCCUCAACACAUUCAUCCCAUUUUUCUACUCAUGGCUUGGACACCUGGAGAGAUUUCAGACUCCUGGAUACCACAUAUAUGUCACUAUUGCCAGAAAUAUCAUCCUGAAGAUCUCAAUUGUUGGAAUACUGUGCUACUACUGGCUUAACGUUGUGGCUGCCUCAGAGUCACAGUGCUGGGAAACUCUGGUUGGCCAAGACAUCUAUCGUCUUGUUCUAGUUGACUUCAUAUUUUGUUUGCUUGGUUCUUUCUUUGGAGAGUUUUUACGAAGAAUUAUUGGAACUACAGUCUGGGUGAGCCUGGGGCUGCCAGAAUUUGAUAUUGGCCGAAAUGUUUUAGAUUUGAUCUAUGCACAGACUUUGACCUGGAUUGGUAUCCUGUUCUCACCUCUGCUGCCUGGCAUCCAGAUGAUAGCAUUUGCUAUAAUAUUUUGUGUGAAAAAGGUCAGUCUGAUGCAGAAUUGCCAACCCCCUCGCAAAGCCUGGAGAACUGCUCAAAUGACAACAUCCUUCAUGUUCCUGCUGUUCUGUCCUUGCUUCCUUGGAGUCCUGUCUGUCACUGGAGUCACUGUCUGGAGGUUAAAACCUUCAGAAGGAUGUGGUCCUUUCAGAGGUUUGUCUUCUAUGUACGCAGCAGUUUCUGAGUGGAUAGAAGUGCUGGACCAUUACACUGCCUCAAAAUGGGUAGUAUGGAUCUACCACAACUUAAUUACAAGUGAACUUUUCUUCUUCAUCCUCUCUGCUAUUGUCCUAAUUCUUAUUUAUCUUUACUGGCAAAUAAUACAAGCAAGAAGGACAAUGAUCAGACUCUUACAACAGCAAAUUAUUAAUGAAGGGAAAGAUAAAAUGUUUUUACUUACAAAACUACGGAAACUGCAAAGGGCAAAACGAAACCCUUCAGCGCUGAGAGGACCAGACCAGCAGGGAGGCUCCUCUCCAUACCAGCCACCCAGGCAGCCUGCCCAGCAAAUGCCAGACUACCCAGCAAGAGCAUUUGACAGGAACCAAAACGCAUCCUACAAUGAGUAUCCCUAUCCUGCUGAGAGCUGGACUGGCAGUGGCUUCCCACUAGACUGGGAGCCAGCCCAGCCCAGCAGGCCUGGCGUGUCCUCGGCCGUGGCGCUCGCUCUGCGCGCGAGGGAAGCAGCUCAGUGGGACCACUACGAUGACGACAGAGACUUCCAGCCAUGA